UUUGCCCCUCCUUACUUCUUAAUUCCCAUGUAUACUUGCGUUUUAAUUAGUUUAAAUCUUGCAUUGAAUAGAAACAUUACAAGCAAGACAAAAAGAUUACAGAUUAAUAUUAUUUUAUUGUUUUAUUAUUACAAAUAUUAAAGCUAAAUUGUUUACCGGGAAAGGAGUAUUCAGUUUCAAAGCUAACACGUACUGAUAAUACAUAUGAACUGAUCUUUGCUUUUGGUUUUUUUUUCCCCUAUUUUCUCACUUGUAAGAGUGACUAGUUUCAUUUCCUUGGGAUUCAAGUAAUUGAAUCAGAUCUUCAGCAUUGACUCAUUUCUCUGGCUGAGGGUGGUCUGUGAGAGAUCUAUCAGCUGAAGGGGCUGUACUUUUUUUAGAGCAUUUUUAGGGAAUCAGGAAUUCUGGGUUUCCAGAGGAUAGCUUCAAUAAAAUGAGGUUCACAGUAACGGAGAAUUACCUCAAUAAGCAAAUUUCAGGCAACCACUGGCUUUUGAUAUGAAGACUGCAAAAGGAUCUGCGGAUUUUUAUCUCGCGAGUGAGAGAAUCGAGCUCAAACUUUUGGCGAGGAAUCUGGAACUGAGCAAAAAGUAUGAGCGAACAGGGUCAAGAACAGUUUGUGUUCCAGCGUCCAUGGGUUCCCGCAACCCCUUUUAGGCCUAUUCCCCCAGAAACACCAGUGAUCCAUGUUGGCAGGCAGGGAAACCAUAUACCCGGAGCAAACUGUAUAGGGUCAGAAAGUUCUGGUUCUAUUCAGGAAUCUCAAGCUGAUGGAGUAUUUGCAUGUUCUCAUUCAGCCAGUUGCACAGAAGUAAAUGGAGGCGUUAAUAACUUGAAGGCAGCUUUAGUUGGGAGUACCUGCAUUUCAGGUGAUAGCAAUGGGCAGAGGCAAUGUUCCCUGUACCUCACCGAACUCAGCAAUGUUCCUUUCGCAGAUCUUUUGGCUCUUGCAAAUGCGGCCUCAGCUGCGUCCAUGAGUGCAGCAUCGAAGGGGAUUAAUAGACACCAUGCGGAAUGCAGCUCUGCAGGGCUCUUACCUGUGGAUGUAAAUUUAUCAGCUCAACAAAACAUAUGGAUCGGUGGCAAUUGCACGCCAAAAAAGCAUCAAGAUGUGAUUCCUCCCCAAAAUUAUGAUCUUAAUCUGCCUGUUAAGGCAAUGGAUGCACACUCUUACACGAGCAUCUCUGGCUUUGCCCCUAUCACACCUGAUAAGGCCACAAGAGCAGAAAGGAAAGAGGAUUUGGAAAUAGAAAAUUUAUACAUAGAGAACAAAAAAACUGAGCAAAGAGAGGAGCAGGCAAAUGAACUGGCUGCUGCUAGGGUUGAUGUGAAUGGAAGUCAAUGCAGUAAAGAGCUACAAAAGCCUGUUACAGAGUCAUCCUUGGCUGCCAUACCAACCAAGGAAAUUCAGAAUCCUGACAAUGGAGGUAGCAAUCUUGUAGACCUAGACAGAACACCACAGCAGAAACAAAGGAGGAAAAAGCACAGGCCCAAGGUAAUUACAGAGGGUAAACCUAAAAAGACCAGAAAGCCAGUGACUCCAAAGGCCAGUGGUUCUCAAGAAAACCCAACUGGUAAGAGGAAAUAUGUACGAAAGAAUAGACUAAACAAAGACACAUCAAUCUCCCCAGGAGAAGCAAAUGGAGAGAAUUCAACACGUAAGAGGAAGUACGUGCGAAGAAAGGGACUUGACCAAAACUCAAUGAUUCCCACAGAAGAAGAAAUUGGAGAGGGGGCUACUCAUCCAGAAACACUCAAGCAUAACAAGAAAUCAUGCAGAAGGGUGUUAGAUUUUGACAUGGAAGGACAAGAGAAAGGUGAAAGCUAUGCAUGCAAGUCAGCCUGCAAUUUAAAUUCAAGUUCAGGAACAGAAAACCUUGGGAAAGGAGGAAGUCAAUCAAAAUCAACAAUGCAGCUUUGUGGCGGAAUUGAAGGGGCAGUGGAAAACACACAAACAGGCAUUGCCCAUGAACUGAAAGAUUACUUAUCUUUGCCUGAAGAUCAAGCACCAGGCACACCACUUCUGACCAAGAAUAAUCCCCCACGUAGAAGACGAAAUACCCACUCCCAUAAGCUAACUAAUAUGAAAGGAGAAGAUCAAGCCACUGCUCAUAAUGGACUGAGAAAAAAUGGACAAACAGUGUUACAGUCUGAUGAUCAGUUGCCAGCAAGAAGCCCAAAUAACUCCAACUGCAGCAGUAGCUCAGCAUUGGAAAGAGGACAAGCAAGUGAAUUGAAGACAAACAAUUCCAGUGCUGCUCAACAAGCAGACAGCAGUGCUGUGAUAUCAUAUGGGUGUCACUAUAACAAUUUAUGCAUAUACCAGAUGAUUCCAGGAAUGCAAUUUUCAAAAAUUCAUAGGAGAAAGAGAACUGAGAAGGGACAAAAUUCUGCCACUUCUAGCACAUCAUCGUCCAUCACUGCUGCAAAAAGUCUUGUGCCAGCAGAAGCAUGCCCAGUAGAUAAUAUUCAGGUAAAUCUCCAUCAAUUUACUUCCAGUGGAGUUCCAGCAAAACUUCAAAAGGCAGGAAGAAAAUUUUCUAUGGAAGUAUUGCCAACUUUUAAUGGCAUCAUGGCUUUAAGUCAGACAGAUGGUCCAAAGAAAAAGAGAACCAAAGGAGCCACAAGGGUUCGAGACUUGGCUUCACUCAAUGGAAUUGCACAAUGUAAAAGGCACCCAGAAUGCUGCAGCAGUCAAUCACCUGUGGAUUAUGACAUGCAGGAAGUUGGGAACUCAGACAGACCUCAUACAAGCAUAGAAGUCCUUGUCACAGAGAUACAAGCAAAAUUGGCAAAAAAGAAGCGAACAAAGAAGAGAAACUUCCUUGUAAAUUCAGCAUGCUCCAACACAAGUGAAGCACAAAUGCACAAUAAACUCAUCUUAUCCAACCAAAACCAAUUUUCUGCCAAAUUAUUAGGUGCCCCUCCAGAGGUAAUAUGGAAAGAAAUGUUUUCUAUUGAUGCACUUGUUGAACAAUUCAACCAUUUAGACAUCAACAGGCAAGGUGUCCCUAUUGCAUAUCAAGAGCAGACUGCAGUUGUCCCUUAUAAUAUGAGACACCAAGAGCACAAUGCACUUGUCCUUUAUAGAGACGGAACCAUUGUACCAUUUGGUCCUAUCAAGAAACGACGCCCGCGGCCAAAGGUUGACCUGGAUGAAGAAACAAAUAGAGUAUGGAAGCUUCUCUUGGAAAAUAUCAAUAGUGAGGGUAUUGAUGGAACUGACGAAGAGAAGGCAAAAUGGUGGGAAGAAGAAAGGAGAGUAUUCCGUGGACGUGCAGACUCAUUUAUAGCACGCAUGCACCUUGUUCAAGGGGAUAGACGUUUCUCUCCAUGGAAAGGAUCAGUUGUGGACUCAGUGAUUGGAGUCUUUCUUACUCAGAAUGUCUCUGACCAUCUUUCUAGUUCUGCAUUCAUGUCUCUUGCUGCUCAUUUUCCUCUCAAAUCAAAGAGCAACAAAGAGUCAUAUCAUCAAGAGGAGACAAGCUUACUCAAUGGAGCAGAGUUCUAUAUCUUGCAGCCAGAAGACACUAUAAAAUGGGACACAAAGACAUCAAUUCAACCAGUUGGUGACCAGAGUUCAAUGACUGUUAACAGCUCUGGGCACUCUGCAGAAAAAGAGGUUGUCAACAGCAAGGAAUUUUCUGGUAGUACUGCUACUGUAAGCUCAACAAAUGAAUCAAAGAGCAAGCUGUUAAAUUCUUCUGGAAGUGGUUUAAAUGCAUAUUGUGACUCCACCUUAAACAGAUCAAACAUGGAAAUUGUUGGGAGUGGAACUGAAUGCUUCAAAGGAGAUGAUGAGACAAAUGAUGUCCUCUCAUCUCAAAAUUCUGUCGUUUCAUCUGAAAACUCUGUGGAUCUUUCAUUGGUUCAAACUACUGAAAGAACAGGAUCAUGCUCAGAGAGCAACUCAGAAGGGGGUGUUCAGACUAAGCAGCCUAUUCUAGACAUCUUGAAUAGCUCUACUUCUUUUGUACAGCUUUUACAGAUGGUUGGCUCUGCCAGGCUGCAUGAAGUUUAUGGUCAUCAAAAUAUGUCAACUAAUGAGAACUCAAAGGUCAAAAGAAGCCAAUUCCAGAAUGACCAAAGAGAACACUGGGAUAAUUCAGGUCCUAAAAGCUUCACUGGAGAAGCCAUCCGAUCUGCUAAUUAUCAUCCUCAUCUUACUCUAAACUCAGAAGGAAGAGAAAUUGAACAGUUUGAGAUGUUCAAUGAAGAAACAAGAUCCUCUGAGGCUUCUAAGACCAAAGAUGAAAACGUCAUGAAAGAACAAAGUCCCUCAACAGAAGAAUCUGCAUGUCAAACAAUGGAUCAAAAUGACUCCACUAUAUGUGUGCAGGUGGCCUUACAAUCAUCCAGUGAAAAUAAUCAAUCAAGCAACAACAUUCAACAAGUUGAGAUGACAGAUCCCCAUUGUCAAAUGGGGCUGCUUCAGGACCCUCGAAAUCUUGUUGAAUCACCUACACAAAACAAAGAAAUGUUGGGGCAUCUAAAUGUGUCAAAACAUUCUGGAGAAAUCCUAGAUAUUACAGAAAGCACUUCCACAUUUGAUAAUCAAAGAAGCCCACAACAGAAAAUGCAAGAGUCAAACAUGUACACACGCGACUCUUCAGCUGAUAAGGAGCUCAAUGGGAUGAAUGCCGGCACUUUAAAAUCAAAAGGCAGAAACGCCAAGAAAGACAAAAAAGAUGAUUUUGAGUGGGAUAGUCUAAGAAAACAGGCAGAAGCCAAUGGGAGAAAAAGAGAAAGAACAGAGAAGACAAUGGACUCACUAGACUGGGAAGCAGUGAGAUGUGCAGAUGUUAAUGAGAUUGCCAAGACAAUUAAGGAACGAGGGAUGAAUAACAUGCUCGCUGAGCGAAUAAAGGAUUUCCUUAACCGACUGGUUAGAGAUCAUGGAAGCAUUGAUCUGGAGUGGUUGAGGGAUGUUCCACCAGACAAAGCAAAAGAGUACCUGCUAAGUAUAAGAGGACUGGGGCUUAAAAGUGUGGAGUGUGUGCGGCUUCUGACACUUCACCAUCUUGCUUUUCCAGUUGACACAAACGUUGGACGAAUAGCCGUAAGAUUGGGAUGGGUCCCCCUUCAGCCACUGCCAGAGUCCCUUCAGUUGCAUCUCCUAGAGCUGUACCCCAUCCUGGAAUCCAUUCAAAAAUAUCUAUGGCCCAGACUAUGCAAGCUCGAUCAAAGAACAUUGUAUGAGCUACAUUAUCAGAUGAUCACAUUUGGAAAGGUUUUCUGUACAAAAAGCAAACCAAACUGUAAUGCAUGUCCAAUGAGGGGAGAAUGCAGGCAUUUUGCCAGCGCAUUUGCAAGUGCAAGGCUUGCCCUGCCAGGGCCAGAGGAGAAAAGCAUUGUCAGUGCAACUGAAAACAGAACAUCUGAUCAAAACCAUGCUGUGAUCAUUGAUCAACGGGCCCUUCCCCUACCCCAGCCAACUGAACAAUCGGACAGAAACUUGCAGUCACAAGCAAAAUCUGGAGUCAAUAACUGUGACCCUAUCAUUGAAGAGCCAGCAAGCCCAGAACCUGAGUGCACACAAGUAGCAGAGAUUGACAUUGAGGAAAUGUUCUAUGAAGAUCCUGAUGAAAUUCCUACAAUCAAGCUUAACAUGGAAGAGUUCACCCAGAAUUUGCAGAAUUAUAUGCAAAAUAACAUGGAACUUCAAGAAGGGGAUAUGUCAAAGGCUUUAGUUGCUUUAACAGCAGAAGCUGCAUCUAUUCCCACACCCAAACUUAAGAAUGUCAGUCGGCUAAGAACAGAGCACCAAGUCUACGAACUUCCAGACUCACACCCUCUUCUAAACGAGCUGGAUAAACGAGAACCUGAUGACCCAUGCAAGUACCUUCUUGCCAUAUGGACACCAGGUGAAACUGCAAACUCUAUUCAACCACCUCAAAGAAGGUGCAAUUCCCAAGAGCAUGGAAAAUUGUGUGACGAGAUGACAUGUUUCUCUUGCAACAGUAUCCGAGAAGCAGAAUCCCAGAUCGUUCGGGGAACACUUUUAAUACCCUGUCGAACAGCAAUGAGAGGGAGUUUUCCGCUAAAUGGCACAUACUUCCAAGUUAAUGAGGUAUUUGCUGACCAUGAUUCUAGUCUAAACCCAAUUGAUGUUCCAAGGGAAUGGCUAUGGAACCUGCCAAGGAGAAUGGUCUACUUUGGGACCUCCAUACCUUCAAUAUUUAAAGGCUUAACAACAGAAGGAAUUCAACAUUGCUUUUGGAGAGGAUAUGUUUGUGUGAGGGGAUUUGACCAGAAAUCACGAGCACCACGUCCUCUAAUGGCCAGAUUGCAUUUCCCAGCCAGCAAGUUGACGAGAGGAAAAGGUAGGGGUGCUGGAGAAGACGAGUAAAUGAUAGCACAGUCAUAAGGAUCCAAACAAGUCAACAUUGACCAAAUAACCAUGUAUUAAGAACAAAAAUCAGCGGAAUUACAUUUCACAAUACUGACUUGGUUUGUAGGGAAAUGUGAAAAUAUUUGUAUAACCCUUUAUGAAAAAGGGCGCGUACGGCUGUAUACUGUUUAACAAGGUUGUAAUUGUUUAGUUUCAUGCUCAAAUUUGAGCAAUUUUUCAGA